AUGGCUCUAUGGCUGAUCAGCGGAGACGACUCAAUAUUAUCCUGCGUUCAUUCGUGGAUUUUAUUCCUCCUCGGCACCGCAACGAAUUUCAUCGCUCUCUACCUCGUCGCCUUUCAUUCACAUGCCAACAUUGGCAAAUACCGGUAUAUGAUGUUUUUCUUCUUGGGGCAUAAUAUUUGUUUCGCCGUGCUGACGGCGAUUAUUGAUUGGCAAAUCUUCCUCAAGUCCAACCAGCUGGUGAUCCUCGGGACUACGGUAGCUUCGUUGCAGAGAGUUUCGCUUGGAUUAUUGAUAGCCGAAAUCUGCUUCCUCUUCACGGCCGUCACCCUAUCGGCAGCACAGAUCCUGCAUCGGCAUCUCGUGAUUUCCGGUAUCAUCCGUGAAGAGCGUAUGUUUUCGAUGGGAAUCGUAUCCAUUGUGCUCUCCUCCCUCCUCGUUGGAUUAUGGACGACGUGGCUCUGCAUCAGCGCCAAACUUCACAUCAAGCAGCGUCAACUUCAGACGCAAAUAACAAAGACGUUGCUGGGCCAGGCGGUCGUCCCUUUUUUCCUGCUCCAACUUCCCCUAUUCGCCACCUGCGCUGCCAUUAUCUUGGGUCCCACGACGAAGGGGGCUUUUCAAGUUCUCUAUUUUACGCAUCAAUGGUAUCCCUUCGUACAAGCAAUAUCCCUAAUCGUUGGCGUGGAUUCUUAUCGUAGCCGUUUGUUGGGAUUUGUCACGCCAGGUGCCUGGACCCCCAGGAAACCCGGCGAAAACCCAUCGAGCGAGAUCCAUUUGAAGCGCAAAAAUGUGGAUAAUGUUAUCAGAGCGCCUGGA